CUAUUAGUAGAAAUGAUAAGUUCUUAACAGAAACAGCUCUAUACCAGAUUAAUGAUGAAAAUAAUGAAUUUAGAAAAUCCACUUAUAAAGGUUUUACAGAAAGUCCAGAAACUCUAAUCAUCGAUUUCGAAAAAAACUCUAUC